CUAGGCCUCGUUGAAUUCUGCAGGCGACCGCGCGGUCAUAAGACUCUGCUAUCUAGCGUUGCGAACAUCUGCAGGCAAUGCGACAUUUUCCUGGCUGAUAACUUUCAUAUAUUUGUUAGUCUUUAUCUUACUGGAUGUUCCCCGAGGUGCCUGGACCAAUAGCCACGCCAGCGGCUGCUUCAUGUGUUUCUCCAGAUAUGGCGUCCGGCACGCCUCCACUCGAUCAACAGGCAUUCGCUGGCUCUGAUUCGGAGCUCUCUCAAGCUCAAGUCUCGCAAAAUGAGGAGGAACAAGCGUUAGAGAUUCAUGAGGUCAUUGAGCUUCAGGCAUUCAGCGAGCGGAAAGCCUGGAUAGAAGAUAAAAUCAAAUUCUUGGAGGCACUUCCUCCUAUCGAGGUUUUUGUCGGGCUGGACGCCAUACGAACCUCCGCAGAAGACAUCCCCGGUUUACCCACGCGCGAACAGCUUCAGGAAUGGCUUGCAGAACACGACAGGAUUGAGAAAGAGACAGAAAUUUUUGACUCUGGGGAGCUCAAGAAACUUAGGGCACUCACUAAAGCGGCUACACAGAGGCAUCUUUCACCAGAAGACACUGACGUUAUCGAGCUCACUCUUACGACCAUUUAUGAACUCGACAAGCUCCUCCACCUCCUGCGGGACCGCUCCGAAAACCUUGAUCUUCUGGGUAUUAGGCUGACGUGGGAAGAGCAACGUCGCGCAGCCUGGAGUGACCGCCAGAAGAUACUUGCAGACAUUGAGAAUUUCCUCACUACUCGUGCUAGAUGGUCGCCUUCCAUUUAUGAAUUCAUGGUUAAAUCUGAAGAAAAGCCCUCAAAUCGUCGUGGCUCUGUUGCUUCCAUGGCUUCAGAUACGUCUGUUACGUCCAAUACUGGAUUCUCUCGCAGCGCCCGUUUCAAGCUUGCAGAAAUCCUUUCACGGGAUUCAGCACAGGUUGCUGGCAGGGUGUCGUCUCUUAGGCACGGAAAGGUCGCUGCGGCUGGCAAAGCUCUAGACAAGUUGAUAGACAACAGUCGCAGGGCUGACAAAGGCAUCAACGAGAUGGAACAUGUCGGCAAAUUCGUCAUGAAUAUUGUUACGCAAUGGCGGAAAGCUGAUGAAAUCUACGUCGAAACAAUGAAAGAUGAGAACGCUGCCCAAAACCUUUUGGAAGAAAUCGAAACUUCGAAGCUUUAUCACCCGACUUUCCGCCAGAGUACCAGCUUCCUUUCCCGUGCAGAGACCUUGGUGAAAAGGCUUGCUCCAACUGAGGCGAUCAGUCAAAUCUUGUCCUCAGAACUUGCUUCCACUUCAAAUCUCGUUGCCAAGGUUGAUUCUCUUGCUAAGGAGUACAGAGUUGGUUAUGAAGCUGUCAAGGAUGUCGAGUCCUUGUCCCGGUCUGCUGAUAAAUUAAUGGAAAUAUUCAACUCCGCUAUUGAUCGCCUUGAAAAUGGAGUCACUGCCUGUGAUGGUGACGGCACCCCUCCUAGUCUCAUAUCGGAGGAUUGUUUGCAUCCUACGGCUCAUUCCGUAUUCAUUACUUUCCUACCAUCAAUCACUCAAGAGGUGGAGCAAUCAUGCACUCGAGCAGACCAUCUACUGCGAGCCUUUCGGGUGGCACUUCUCAAUGCAGAGCGACCCGGUAUUGACCAAACAUUCAAGGACAAUGCCACCGCUCAGAUUGAGGCUUUAGUUGCUGUUCGCGACAAAGCUGCUGCCAUUUGCGCUGACGUGAACACAAGACUCGGCAGACUCCGUGUAGCUAGGAGAGUUUGGUCGAUCAUGGAUGGUGUUCUGAAUGAACUGGAGGACACACGGAGCGAGGUCGCCGACCUAAUGGAGAGAGAAAGAUGGAAACAGACCAAUCAAAGUGCAGAACCUCUGACUCCGGAGACGCCACCUCAAGAUGUUCUUCCUACACCCUCAGUGUCGUCUAGCGACAUAGUGGGUCGUUUAGAGGUCGUUUACCAGACCCUCACAAAUGACGUGAUGCAUCCUCUGGCUACCUUAAGUGGAAUGCUUGAGAAGCCCCUAGACGAAUUCCUCUCUCGUACCUCUGAAGGGUUAUUUGGUCACUUGGACAAUGUGAAGCAGAUGUUCGUUCUCCUGGACGCUAUUCGGUCCCAAUAUGCAGCUAUGAUCUCUUUUCAGGACAGCGUUCACGAGCUCCAGGUUCGGGUUGAGGACCUCAAGAUUCAUUAUGAUGCCACUAUCCAGGAAAUUCUUAAUGACCAACUUUGUGGGGAAAGCUUGGGUAACGCGCAGGAUCAACUAAAGGACGAGUCAAAUGUGCUCCGUAGUACUGCCGACGCCUUCACGAAUACCGUAGCUCAGCGGAUACCGUUUCUCUCUCAGCAUGUAUCCGAUCAAAGGAACGCACCUAUUCUCGUUCGGAAAAGGUUUUCGUCGGCAGGGAACAUAAAACUCAUCUCAUUCGAUGUACCAGCCGCCAUCGAACCACCCUUCACGUUACGCAGCCUUGACGACGCCGUUCGGGGAGACUCCAAUUUGCUAGUUAUGCGUCUCUUAGGGGAUGUACAAAGCCUCGAGCAGAAGACUGGACAUCUUCGGCUGGCAUGCAUGGCCAAAGAUGCUGAUUCGGAAUUGGCCUUGGUGGCUGAUGACCUGCGUGGUGUCACUGAAGAGCUUGGCUCGCUGAGAACACUUCUGGACUCUAUCUCUCGAGCAGACGAGAAGCUUACUCCGCUGCAAGAUCUAUCAGAGGAGCUUGACAGACAUUCAUCGCAACAUCGUUCUCGCUUAUCGCGCCGCCUCUCCUUGAUCCGUGAAUCCUUGCGCCAAAUGGAAUCUGUGCCUUGUUCGCACGAUCAUCGUAUCUACGAGACUCUCAUCAUGUCACGAAGAAGGGAGGUAGAUAACCUUGAGGUCAAAUUGAGUACCUGGGCCGAUAAUGCAGCUAUGCUUCGGGGCAAGCUGUCGGUUUCGCUCACCGCGGAGGCAAAACGUAUCGAGGCUGCUAAACUCAGAGAGGAACAAGAAGCGGAAGAGAGAAGGCGGCGGGUUGAACUCGAACGCAGGGAGGCAGAGGCAAAAGCCAAAGAAGAGCAAGAACGCAGAGACGCGGAGGUGAAGGCCAAAGAGGAGCAAGAAUGCAGAGAGGCAGAGGCGAAAGCCAAAGAGGAGCAUGAACGCAAAGAGGCGGAGGCAAAGGCUAAAGAGGAGCAAGAACGCAGAGAGGCAGAGGCCAAGGCCAAAGAGGAACAAGAACGCAGAGAGGCAGAGGCGAAAGUCAAACAAGAACAAGAACGCAAAGAGGCGGAGGCGAGAGUAAGAGAAGAGGAAGAGCGCAGAGAGGCAGAGGCGAAAGUCAAACAAGAACAAGAACGCAAAGAGGCGGAGGCGAGAGCAAGAGAAGAGGAAGAGCGCAAAAAGGCAGAAAGGCUAAGGAUUGAGAAGGAGCUGCGUGAUGAACAACAGGCGCGGGAAGAGCGUUUGAAGGCCGAGCAGCAGCAAGCCGAGAUGGAGCGUCAGGCGCGAGAACGCGAACGUCUUGAAGCUGAGGCUCAAAUAAAGGCGGGCAUUCAGCUACAGGAAACCGAAUACCAGAAAAGAGAUGAAUCGCAACUAUUUGAAGAUGUAUUUGGGUUGCGUAUUGCUCCUUCUCCGUCACCGACGAAAACCCAUCAGAGGGGCGAUCUGUUGGACAAGGUUGUCUCGCUGAGGAAACGACUUCGUUCUAUCGGCAUCAAUGAGGUUGCACAUCCGGCAGCUAAUUCGAAUUCUUCCAAUCAUCUACCAACUCUGGAGCAAUACGGGAAGAUGAAUGCUCUCUUUGCGUCCAUAGUUUCUGAAUUAUCCAAGCUUGCUGCAUUACCUUCUUCGAUGUCAUCCCCUGCCGCAGAUAUGGAGUUGCGAUCGGCAAAUUCGGAAGUCGAAGCAUCCACCGAGUUGAUGCAACGGAUUCGACAAUUAGCCGACCUAUCUGACGUCGCUCAUCGUUGCGAUAUGGCUCUCAGUGAUCUGCUUGAGCACAUCGACAGCUACCCUUCUCCUCCUGCUGGACCACUUUCUAGCACGCAUGUCUCGACCUCACGUUUGCCCCCAGAAGAACAACUUGCAGCUCGCCUUGCUUUCACGAAGCGCAUUGUUACUCAAGUAGCGGCAUACAUAGAAUCAGUCAAGGACGAUGCUCGCGCCAGUUCUGAAUAUCGACGUGUUCAGCAGACAUGGGUCGAGUUGGAAGAAAUGGCUCACGAUAGGAUCUGCGGCAAGAAAUCCCGUCCUGCUAGUGUCCUCAGCUCUGGUAGGAAUAGCAGUGCAUCUGGUAUCAGCUCUGGGGCGACUGGUCACACCAGAAAGGCCAGUGGUUAUUCCAAUCUCUCAGUAAGAGGAUCUGCCAAUGGGCGUUUCCUAGCUCCAGCGCACCCAAGCCCCCGCCGAGUAGCGUCUGGCGAUUUGCAAACUCGACCCCGGCCGUCCAGCAAACUUUCUAUGCUAUCUACCGCUAGCAUGUCAAGAUCAGUGUCACUAGCAGGGCCAAUAGCAACGCCUUCCUCAUCAUCUUCUUUGCACGGUUCAACUUUUGCAUCUCGUCAGCGUACUGCUAGUCUAUCUGGUAAUGCAACUCCCAACACACCGACGAAGCAACCUCCAGUUCCUACCCGUCCCCGGGCGCAGACACGUUCGAGGGCCUCCCCCACACCUUCGGAAGCUUCUGUCGUCGCACGGUCCACCGCAAGUCACUCAAGGUCAUCUUCAUCCAUGUCCACGUGGGCCCGCGCACCGCGACAGUCAUUUCCCACGUCAAACAAGGUCCAGACACCCCCGAAGAAAACGCAGCCACAAACGCGGAAAACCUACGUUGCUAAUCCCAAGAACAAGCUGGACGUCGCGGUUGGAGACGUCGUCAACAAAUUGCCAGUCAACAUCAAUAUCGAGGUAGUCGCCGACACUUGGAAGGAUCAAAGCGGGAAGUACUGGAUUGGUGAUCAAGAGCCAAAGCUAUGCUUUUGUCGCAUAUUGCGCUCGCAAACUGUUAUGGUGCGUGUUGGUGGUGGUUGGCAAGAAUUAUCAAAGUUUAUCAAAGAUCACUUCGCAGAUGUGUUUCGUAUCAUACCUCCAGAGUCUCCUCCCAAAUUUGGCUCUCCCCGCUUUGGAUCUCGGGAAGAAAAGUGGAUUAGCUCCGCGACUUUGCUCGAAGCGCCUGAAAUUGUGACCACUCCUCCCCCUUGCACCCCCGAACCUAGAGGACCUUUCCUUCCUUCCUUCACCAUCUCGACUCCAGGAGCGCAUAGUCCACAUUCAGUGAAGUCUACACCAUCAUCGGGGUCUCCCUUGGCUCCGCUUCAGUUUCUGAGGCGAGCGGAUCCUGAUGCAAUGCGCCCAGUAACACCAUCGAAACCACAUCGACCUCGAAAAAGCAUUCCUAACACCCCAGCUCGGCAUAAUCUAUGGAGACCAUGAUAACCUACAAUUUCUUCUACUCGCACAUUAUAGGACUGACUCUAUUGCCGAUACCUAUUAAUUAGAUAUUUGCGUUUCAUGUAUCAAACACAAUUGCUGAUACCACUAAGUUGCACCACUUUUUUUGUUAUGUAUUCGUUUUGUUGUUUAGGCUUUGUUAACAUCGCCGAGCAUGAUUGCCACCGGACUCGGAUACUGUGAACUACAGUAGUUUCCUUUUAUGAACAAUUUUAAAUCCAAAGC